GACAGAGUUGUCAAGGCUGGUCGAGUCUGGCAUAAGUUGAAAACUCUUUUCUCUCUCUCCGUUUUGUUUUUCAGAUCCAGAGGGGCUACACGGACAGAGGGGCUCCGUGAGAAGAUGGGAGUCUCCACUCAGUUGGGUUUACUUCUCUGGAAAAACUUCACGUACCGUCGGAGACAGACGAUCCAGCUGCUGAUUGAGAUAAUCUGGCCUCUGUUCAUCUUCUUCAUCCUCAUCUCAGUCAGACUGCACUAUCCUCCCUACGAACAGCAUGAAUGUCACUUCCCUAACAAAGCCAUGCCAUCAGCGGGCACCCUGCCCUGGGUACAGGGCAUUAUCUGCAAUGCCAACAACCCCUGUUUCCGCUACCCCACCCCCGGCGAAGCCCCCGGUGUGGUGGGCAACUUUAACGACUCCAUCAUUUCCCGCCUCUUCACUGACGCCAAGAAGAUCCUCCUCUACAGUCAAAAUGACAAGAGCUUCGAGGCCUUCAAGGGACUCGUCCGCGCCUUACGGAAACUCCAGAGGAAUACCGCUGGUUUCAAACUGAAGGACUUUCUGCGCGAUAACGAGACCCUGUCUGUGUUUCUGGAGAGAAACGCCAGCUUAUCCCAGCAUGCCGUGCAGCAGAUUGUGGAGGCUGAUGUCAAUCUGGAAAAGGUGCUGAUUAAGGGUUUUGGCGUCCAUCUUAAAGAUCUCUGCAACUCCACGUCAUUGGAGGAGUUUGUCACCAUCGCAGAUAAAAGCGUGUCCAGUCUGACUCAGGAAAUCAUCUGCCAGUCGCCCAGCGAUUGGCUGAACCGGGCGGAAAACCACUUCCUUUCCAACCUGGACUUCCUCAAACCCAUCAGGAAGGAUGUUAAGUCUGAUCCCAAGGUCGUACAGGACGUUUCUAUAGCAACAGACAGCCUGUUGGAGAAUUUGGGAUCCCUGGCAGUGGAGCUGGCGAGUAUGAAGAGUUGGCGUGACAUGCGGAAUGAGAUUCUGUACCUGACGGCCAAUGCCACCCGUUCCCCCAGUCACAUGUAUCAGGCCGUGUCUCGUAUCGUCUGUGGGCACCCGGAGGGGGGCGGCCUGAAAAUCAAAUCCCUCAACUGGUACGAAGACAACAACUACAAGGCGCUGUUCGGCAACCAAGACAACGAAAACGAGGAUGAACCCACCCCCUUCUACGAUAACUCGUCCACGCCGUACUGUAAUAAUCUGAUGAGGAACCUGGAAUCCAGUCCCAUCUCACGCAUGAUCUGGCGAGCGCUCAAGCCCCUCCUGAUCGGAAAAAUCCUCUACACGCCUGACACCCCCGCCACUCAGAGAAUCAUCCAAGAGGUGAAUAAGACGUUUCAGGAGCUGGGAAUUCUGAGAGAUUUGGGGGGAAUGUGGGAGGAGAUGCGACCCAAAAUCUGGAACUUCAUGGAGAACAGUGAAGAGAUGGAUUUAGUCAGGACUCUGCUCCAAAACAACGCCAGUGCUGGUUUCAUUAACGCCAAGCUGAGUGGCACGGACUGGAGGGCUGAAGACAUCUCCAGAUUCCUGUCCAAGGCGUCUACAGACACACGCCCGUCUGGGACUGCCAUCACCUGGAGGGAAGUAUUCAACGAAACGGACCAGGCCAUACUCACCAUAUCACGAUUUAUGGAGUGCGUGAACCUCGAUAAACUGGAGCCGGUGGCUAACGAGGAACGGCUGGUGAAUAAGUCCAUGCGUCUGCUGGACGACAGCAAGUUCUGGGCUGGAAUAGUGUUUCCGGACAUGCAGCCCAACGCCUCCGAGGUCCCGCCAAACCUCAGCUACAAAAUCCGCAUGGACAUUGACAACGUGGAACGUACCAACAAGAUCAAAGACGGGUAUUGGGACCCCGGUCCUAGGGCUGAUCCGUUCGAGGACCUGCGCUAUGUUUGGGGCGGGUUCUCCUAUCUGCAGGACAUUAUCGAACACGGCAUUAUUCGAGCACUGACAGGAAGCAAGGAGAAAAUGGGCGUGUACAUCCAGCAGAUGCCGUACCCCUGCUACGUGGACGACAUUUUCCUGCGUGUGAUGAGCCGCUCGAUGCCCUUGUUCAUGACGCUGGCGUGGAUGUACUCUGUGGCCAUCAUCAUCAAGGGUGUGGUCUACGAGAAAGAGGCCCGCCUCAAAGAGACCAUGAGGAUUAUGGGAUUGGACAACGGGAUACUGUGGCUCAGCUGGUUCAUCAGCAGUCUGAUCCCACUGCUCAUCAGCGCCGCCCUGCUGGUGCUCAUACUCAAGAUGGGUAACCUGUUGCCCUACAGUGACCCGGGCGUGGUCUACCUGUUCCUGGCCUCGUUCGCCGUGGUAACCAUCAUGCAGUGUUUCCUCAUCAGCACGCUGUUCUCUCGUGCCAACCUGGCGGCGGCCUGCGGCGGAAUCAUCUACUUCACGCUGUACCUGCCCUACGUGCUGUGUGUGGCCUGGCAGGACUACGUGGGCUUCGGCGCCAAAGUGGUGGUGAGUCUGUUAUCUCCUGUGGCGUUCGGGUUCGGCUGUGAGUACUUCGCCCUGUUUGAGGAGCAGGGAGUGGGGAUCCAGUGGAGUAACCUCCUCUCCAGCCCCAUGCAGGAGGACAGCUACAGCCUGACCACCUCCAUCACGCUCAUGCUGUUCGACGCCGUUCUUUACGCUCUCAUGACCUGGUACAUCGAGGCCGUCUUCCCAGGCCAGUAUGGAAUCCCUAGGCCAUGGUAUUUCCCCUUCACGAAGUCUUACUGGUGUGGAGAGAGGUGUGGAUUGCUGACGCCGGAAACCAGUGACAAGAAGAGCAAUGCGGAUGCGGUGUGUAUCGAGGAGGAGCCAGCCCACCUGCAGCCUGGUGUUUACAUCGAGAACCUGGUGAAGGUUUACAGCCACGGCAACAAGCUGGCCGUGGACGGACUGACUCUGGGCUUUUACGAGGGUCAGAUCACCUCGUUCCUGGGCCACAACGGAGCUGGAAAAACGACCACCAUGUCCAUCCUGACCGGCCUGUUUCCCCCGACGUCAGGUACAGCUUACAUCCUAGGCAAAGACAUCCGGACGGAUCUCAACACCAUCCGUCAGAACCUGGGCGUCUGUCCGCAACACAACGUCCUCUUCAGCAUGCUGACGGUGGAGGAACACAUCUGGUUCUACGCCCGGCUGAAAGGCCUUCCCGAGGAUAAGGUCAAAUCCGAAAUGGAGCAGAUAGCGAUGGACCUUGGCUUGCCACACAAACGCAAAUCUCGCACCAACCAGCUCUCUGGGGGAAUGCAGAGGAAACUAUCUGUGGCUCUGGCCUUUGUCGGAGGGUCAAAGGUUGUCAUUCUGGAUGAGCCCACUGCCGGUGUAGAUCCCUACUCUCGACGAGGCAUCUGGGACCUCCUCCUGAAAUACCGCCAAGGUCGCACGAUCAUCCUUUCCACCCAUCACAUGGAUGAGGCUGACAUCCUGGGUGACCGGAUCGCCAUAAUCUCUCACGGGAAGCUCUGCUGUGUCGGCUCCUCCCUCUUCCUGAAGACGCAGCUGGGCACGGGCUACUACCUUACGCUGGUCAAAAGAGACUUCGAUCUGUCCCUCAGCUCCUGCAGGAACUCCAGCAGUACCGUCGCCUAUGUCAAGAAGGAGGACAGUGUCUCAGAGAGCAGCUCUGAUGCUGGUCUGGGCAGUGACCAUGAGAGCGAGACCACAACCAUCGACGUUUCCCUGAUCUCCAAUCUGAUCUUCAAGCACGUUCCCGACGCCAGGCUGGUGGAGGACCUGGGACACGAGCUCAGCUACGUGCUGCCAUACGAGUCAGCCAAGGCUGGAGCCUUCGUCGAGCUCUUCCACGAAAUCGACGACCGCCUCACGGACCUCGGCAUCUCCAGCUACGGCAUCUCGGACACGACUCUCGAAGAGAUUUUCCUCAAAGUGGCUGAAGACAACGGAGUGGAUGCAGAGACGUCUGACGGCACAAUCCCAUCCCGUAGAAACCGCCGGCAUGCGUUUGGAGACCAUCAGAGCUGCCUGCGGCCGUUCACCGAAGAUGACGGUUUUGACUUCAACGAUUCAGAAGGUGAUCCAGAGUCCCGGGAGACGGACUGGCUGGGUGGGACCGACGGGAAAGGCUCGUACCAGGUGAAAGGUUGGAGUCUGAAGAGACAGCAGUUCGUGGCGUUGCUGUGGAAACGCUUCCUGUACGCUCGACGGUCCAGAAAGGGAUUCUUUGCUCAGAUUGUCCUGCCUGCUGUGUUCGUCUGUAUCGCCCUGGUCUUCAGCCUCAUCGUUCCACCGUUUGGGAAAUAUCCCAGUCUGGCACUGGAACCCAGCAUGUAUGAAGAACAGUUCAGCUUCAUCAGCAAUGAUGCCCCCGAAGACGCAAAAACGAACAAGUUACUGGGAGCAUUGACAGACAGCCCUGUGUACAGAGAACGCUGCACAGAGGGAGAGGCGUCACGCGGUGGCUCCUGUUCGAUCGGAGACGAAGACUGGGUUAUUCCUGAGGUUCCACAUACUGUUCACGACAUGUUCCUCAGAGGGAACUGGUCCAUGGAAAACCCAUCUCCGCUGUGUGAAUGCAGCUGCGAAGGACGGAAAAAGAUGCUUCCAGAAUGUCCUCCGGGAGCAGGUGGUCUGCCCCCUCCACAGAUUAAAGUCACCUCUACAGAGACUCUUCAGAAUCUCUCGGGUCGAAACAUAUCUGACUACCUGGUGAAAACGUACGCUCAGAUUAUUGGAAAAAGCUUGAAGAACAAGCUUUGGGUUAACGAAUUCAGGUAUGGUGGAUUCUCAUUGGGUGCUCGCAGCUCACAGGCCCUGCCCCCUGAGAAGGAGAUCAGCGAUGCCAUCUCUCACAUUCGGAGUCGGUUCAGUUUGCAGGCGGGUAGUGCAGCUGACCGUUUCCUGGGAAGUCUUUCGGGCUUCAUACAUAGCCUGGACACAAAGAACAAUGUCAAGAUCUGGUUUAAUAACAAAGGCUGGCACAGCAUUGGUGCUUUCCUCAAUGUGAUGAACAAUGGCAUCCUGCGUGCCAACCUGCCCGCCAGUCAGGAUCGUGGCAAGUUUGGCAUCACCGCAUACAACCACCCGCUAAAUCUCACCAAGGAGCAGCUCUCCCAGGUGGCACUCAUGACCACUUCAGUGGACGUACUGGUGUCCAUCUGCGUCAUCUUCGCCAUGUCCUUCGUCCCAGCCAGUUUCGUGGUCUUCCUCAUCCAGGAGCGAGUGAGCAAAGCCAAGCACAUGCAGUUUAUCAGCGGUGUUCAGCCAUUCCUGUACUGGCUUGCCAACUUCGUCUGGGAUAUGUGCAACUACAUCGUCCCGGCAACGCUAGUCAUCAUCAUCUUCGUCUGCUUCCAACAAGAGGCUUACGUGUCCUCCACCAACCUGCCUGUGCUGGCUCUGCUGUUACUGCUUUACGGGUGGUCCAUAACGCCGCUGAUGUACCCAGCGUCCUUCUUCUUUAAGAUUCCCAGUACAGCGUACGUGGUUCUGACCAGCGUCAACAUCCUCAUCGGUAUCAACGGCAGCGUCUCCACCUUCGUGCUCGAGCUGUUCGGAAGCAACGAGAUCGGUGGUAUUAAUGACGUGCUGAAAAACGUGUUUCUGAUCUUCCCUCAUUUCUGCCUGGGAAGAGGACUGAUCGACAUGGUGAAGAACCAGGCCAUGGCCGACGCCCUGGAGAGAUUCGGAGAGAACCGGUUCCGUUCCCCUCUGGCGUGGGACAUGGUGGGAAAGAACCUGUUUGCCAUGGCGGUGGAGGGCGUGGUCUUCUUCUGCAUCACCGUUCUUAUCCAAUACCGCUUCUGCAUCAAGGCCAGAUCUGUCAAUACCAAGCUCAAGCCGAUUGGUGAAGAGGAUGAGGAUGUGGCCAGAGAGAGGCAGAGGAUUCUGGGUGGAGGAGGACAGAGUGACAUCCUGGAGCUCAGACAGCUCACCAAGGUGUACAAGCGGAAACAGAAGCCGGCAGUGGAUCGGCUGUGUGUUGGCAUUCCCCCAGGGGAGUGUUUUGGGCUGUUGGGUGUGAACGGCGCUGGAAAAACCAGCACCUUUAAAAUGCUUACGGGAGACUCAGUGGUCACCAGUGGAGAGGCUUACCUGGCCGGGAAGAGCGUUUUGACCGAAAUCGACGAAGUCCACCAGAACAUGGGUUACUGCCCUCAGUUUGACGCCAUUAACGACCUGCUCACUGGCCGGGAGCACCUGGAGUUUUACGCCAUCUUGCGCGGCGUUCCGGAGAAGGAAGUGUGUGAGGUGGCCGAGUGGGGCAUUCGGAAGCUGGGAUUGGUGAAGUACGUGGACAAAAAUGCCGGAAGCUACAGCGGCGGGAACAUGAGGAAACUCUCCACGGCCAUGGCGCUGAUCGGAGGACCUCCCGUCGUCUUCCUGGACGAGCCGACCACGGGGAUGGAUCCGAAAGCCCGCCGGGCCCUGUGGAACUGCAUCCUCAGCAUCAUUAAAGAGGGGCGCUCUGUCGUUCUCACCUCACACAGUAUGGAGGAGUGUGAGGCUCUCUGCACACGUAUGGCCAUCAUGGUCAACGGCCGAUUCCGCUGCCUGGGCAGCGUUCAGCACUUAAAGAACAGGUUCGGUGAUGGAUACACCAUCAUCCUGCGUGUGGGUGGCACAGAGCCACAGCUGGAGCCGGUGAUGAAGUUCAUCGAGAGGGAGCUGCCGGGCAGCACGCUGAAGGAGAGGCACCGAAACAUGCUCCAGUACCAGCUCCCCUCCUCUCUCAGCUCCCUCGCUCGCAUCUUCAGCAUCCUGGCCAAGAACAAGGAGCAGCUCCACAUCGAGGACUACUCCGUCUCACAGACCACGCUAGACCAAGUAUUUGUAAAUUUUGCCAAGGACCAAAGUGACGAGGACCACAUUAAGGACAUUUCCAUUCACAAAGGCGAUGCAGUAGUGGACUUUUCUCAACUCAACGCCUUCCUUGAAGACGAAAAAGCCAAGGAGACCUGCGUGUGAUCGGGCACCGUCACCACCGACGAAGGGGUGGAUGCCUUUUGAAUGACUGAAUUGAGUUUUUUUUUGUACUUUUUUUUUAGUUCUUUUUAAUAUUUUCAGUUGCGUGCGUGUCCACAAGGGGGCACUAGAACUAAAGCACACUACUGAAACGAAACUCAAUGCAAAUCAAUGCAAAAAAAAUGAAAAAGAAAAAAAAAUCCACUAAGGUGCCAGCGAACGUGAGCCUGGAGCCUCUUUGCUUGGCCGAAAUGAUAGCAAACGAAAAACUUGAAGCUACUUAGUGCCACUUGCAGUGCCGUUCAUUCGUCACGGUGAAUGCCAGAUCAUGGACAGCUCAGUGAAGUGUGUCUUCAAUCAGAUCACUGCCAACACCAAACAAGUCAUUCAGGGGUUUCAACACAUCUCUUUCUUCAAGUGCAAAAUUCAAAAUCACAAUCAUUCUCAUGGAAAAUCAGAUCCUCAGAGAAGUCCUAGCGAACUUUUGGUUUUUAAAUACACUUCGACAAUACACACACAAAAGGAUUAUUUUUUUAACUUGCUACGUGAAAUGAAUGUGUCACUAUUGUUGUCAAAGUUCGGUGCCUGGUUAACGGUUUUUAGUCAACACUCCAGUGACACAGAAAUUGGAUCAAUAUAUAACCCUGGUCAAGACUGAAGAAGAGAGAGAACACUUUACGCUGACGAAAUAUCAAAUGUCAGGGUUAAAGAACUGUGACAGUCUAGUAUGUGCAGUGUAAAUGUCUACUGUAAUGGCAGAUGGGGGGGGGGGAUUGUGACUAUUGUUCAUAGCGGGUUUCUCUGGAGUAUGUGGGGGGGGUUUUCUGCAUGCUAAUCAUUAAAACCACAUACUGGAACUGUAUGUGCGCAUUAGCAUGGACUCUGUUCAGACAGAGCGCUCGUAGUUUUGACGGCAUGGUGGUUUUCCAGGUUCUUUUGGAGUCCGUGACCACUCAGCCUUUGUAUUUCUGUUACCAUUAGUGACAAAUCCUGUGGGACUUAAUCAAGUGAUUCUGAGUUUUCCGUGUUUUUUUUUUCUUUCUUUUCUUUUCUUUCCUAAUACUAAAGUAAGACACAAGAAGGUGAUGUAGAUAAAUGUCUGUGUGUGUUACUAGGUAACUAGGCGAUGUCAGUGCCAAACUCCACUGGGUGGUAACGUGCGUGUGGAUGUGCGUGUGGAUGCACAGAAGGGAACACUAGCUGUCUUUCCGCCAGUUUGCGGUGAGCACUGGAAAGCAGGCUAGGCUAGGCUGGUGUAGGGUAGCUGACGGUAUCAGUGUUAUAAAUCUGCUAACCCAUCGCAGUAAUUACGCUGACACACUAGCUCUAUGUACAGUAGGAAUAUAACACCAUUUUACCACGCCCACCACUGUAUUUAAAGGUCAGCCUUCAGGGUCAGGGUCAGGGUUAGGGUUAGGGGGGAAAACUGAACUGAAAAACCAUUAGCAACCCUUGAAUUAGCGGAUACAAUUCACACAUGCUCACACCGCUACCUGCUCCAGUCUCUGGGGGGCUAACCUGAGGGGGGAUAGCUUGUCUUUCCCCGCGUAUCCAUAAAUGAUACUGGUGUCAUGUCAUGAGAAAGAAACAAACAAACAAAAAAAAAGUAACAGAAAUUUGUCAUGGUGUCUUGAGAUCUACAGAUCUACUCUUCAUAACUCAUGUUAAUCCAUUAACGACUCUGAAGAACUUUUUCUUGUCUUUUAUUCAUUUGUUUCGGCCAGCGUUCAUCGCAUCACUGCUGCUAUCCAGAACCCCAAAGUGACCAAAAGCAGCAACGUUUCACCAAAUGUUUUUUUUUUUUUUUUUUUUAAUUUUAUUUUAGUAUUACUGACCUCCCACGGUGCUUUACAAAACAAAACUGCCCAAAUAUUUGGAUAGAAAACUGCACACUUGGCAAAAUGGGAGAGGUUUUUAUUUUGUUGUUGGUCCAGCAUUAAAGCACUUUAUAUCAGUCUGUGUUGAGCUAGUUCUAUCCUGGAGUUUCAUAUUCUACAUAUUCAUAACAUACAGAUUUUUUUUUUUUGUUUGUUUGUUUAACAAAAUAUUAAAAGAAUGAAUAUAAAACGUCCCACUGUUGUCGUCAUUUCCUGUAUUUAAAUAUGUGUUUACAUUUGAGUAUUAAAAGGCUAUUUGAGUCUG